AUGGUUAAAGUAUCUAACAUAGAAUGUUGUCGAACCAAUCCUUGUCUCAACGAAGGGGUAUGUCAGGAGAUUUGUGAUACGCACAGCACCAGGUUUAACUGCACCUGUCCUGACUCAUACACUGGUCUACGAUGCGAGAAGAUUGCAUAUCCGAGAAGCUGCAAAGACAUCGCUGAAAAUGGCGCUUCAGAAUCAGGAAUUUAUGGAAUCUUUGGCUCAGCCAAUAAACCGUUUUCUGUUUACUGUGACCUCCAGUCAGAACCUAGUUUUGUAUGGACAUUGAUACAAUCAUUUUCCUUCGGUGAGAACGACGUAUUUAUUGGAAAAGCAUUUCUCUACGAUCAUCCGAUUAAUCAGGAUAUAGAGAAACGGAAUUGGAACUUAUAUCGCCUGUCCAAGCCAAGGACGAAGGCUCUUGCCGAUCGUUCCACACAUUUGAGAAAAGGCGCAGUUCAGGGUGAGAGAAAUUUUGGGAAUUAUCACAAAUUCAAUCCAAACCACCGUUGUACAUCUUCCUCUGCUUCCCCAACGCAGCACUGGUUUGGAUUUAAACGUAAUUUGUAG